AUGGCAGUUAUAACAAAGAAGUCUCUCGAUACGUUAAAUCACGACUAUACAGUGUAUGUAGGUCCGCUACAUACGCCCCACGCGGCACGAUUAGCAGAUGGUGAAGGAUCUACUGCUGUUGCUAACGAAUUUAAAUUAGGUGAAUCCACGAUUAGAGCUAUACACAAACGUGCGAGUAAAAUAUAUGAGUCUGUUAAUAGUACAACAAACGACAGUAGUAGAAGAGCAUCAUAUUCGAGAAAUAUUGUAAUAGAGAAGACGGAAAAGGCUCUCGUGUUGUGGAUUAAAGAUUUAACUAAAAAACGAAUCCCCGUUCACAAAGAUUUAAUUCAAGAAAAAGCUAGACAGUGUUUCAACCAGCUGAAGGAUUUAGAACCAAAUUUGUCAUCUUGUUUAGAAAACAUGAAAUUUUCUGCGAGCAAUGGCUGGUUUACUAGAUUUUUACGACGAUACGCACUUCACAGUAUGAAGAUACAAGGCGAGGCAGCAUCCGCCGAUGAAACAGCUGCUAUGAAUUAUCGUCAAGUACUAGCAAAAAUCAUUGAUGAUGGUGGAUAUUGCCCAGAUCAAGUAUUUAACGCAGAUGAGACUGGCUUAUUCUGGAAAAAGAUGCCCAGCCGAACAUUCAUUGCGAAAUCCGAAAAAACUGCAAGCGGUUUUAAAACAGCAAAGGAUCGAAUUACACUUCUUCUUUGCAGUAAUGCCUCUGGUGCAAAAAUGUUAAAACCACUUAUUAUAAAUAAAGCUUUGCACCCACGUGCGCUAAAAGGCAUAAAUUUAACUGAAUAUCCAGUACAUUUCAUGGCCAAUAAAAAAGCAUGGGUCACAUCAGCUGUUUUUGCAACAUGGUUUAAUGAUUGUUUUGUACCAGAAGUUGAAAAAUACAUGGCAGAGAUGGGUCUUCCUUUUAAAGUGUUGCUAAUUGUUGAUAAUGCCCCCGGCCAUCCUUGUUUAGAACAUCCUAAUGUACAAAUAGUGUUUUUACCACCAAACACGACUAGCCUUAUUCAACCACUGGAUCAGGAAAUUACUGAGCUCGCACAUUACAUCAGCGGAGAAGGUUUUGAUACUUUCGGCGAAAACGAUCUGGACGAAAUGAUUGAGGACGAAACUGUCAAUGAUAGUGACAUUAUCAAUAAUUUGAUAGAUUAUGAAGACGGGCAAGAAGAACCGGAAUCUAUUACAGCAGAUAAAAUAUAUGCAGGGAUCCAGAUUUCUAAAAAAUUGGAAACGCAUUUUCUUAAAAUAGACACUAAUGCCGAAAAAUUCCAAAAAGAGCUAAGAUCAUGCAUGUCUCGCUAUCGUGACGUUUACAAGCAACUGACCAAUCGACCGUCGUCACAAAAACUGAUCACUGACUUUAUGGUGCUAAAAAAUAAAUCAAUUGAAAUCGUAUCUUCAAGCGACGAAAGCGAUUUUGAACCAAUUCAUCACAAGAAGAUGCGCGUUUUGGAUUACGACGAGUAG